AAAUAGCUAAACAAUGGCCAGAAGCAUUCCUGAUAGAUGGAUUCCAUACAAGGCCUGUGGCUCCAUUAUAGAAGGGACAAGGAUGAUAUGUUUCAAAGUUCCUCUAAAACGGAGUGUUCAAGUUGGCAAGCCAGAAAUCACCGAAAUAUGGGACAUACCAAGUCUAAUAGAAGCGAUACCGGGCCUAGGAGCGGUUAUAGACUUGACAAACACCGCACGAUACUACGACCCAAAGGAGCUAGAAGCCGCUGGCGUGCUCCACAAGAAGAUCCUGAUGCCGGGCCGGGAGAUCCCGCCCGAGAACAAAGUCACCGAGUUCAUGGACGCAGUGGAUGAGUUCCUGGGCGUUCGCAGCGAUCUGAUCGUGGGCGUGCACUGCACCCACGGGCUGAACCGCACCGGCUACAUGGUGUGCCGCUACCUGCGCGACCGCGUGAACAUUCCCGCCAAGGAUGCUAUUGAACGAUUCGAGAAGGCCCGCGGCUACCACAUAGAGCGUAAGAACUACUUAGCCGACCUCCUCGGCGAGCCGCCCCACUCCCCCGACAAGGGUAGGCACACGGAGGUGCAGCCAGUACAGCAACCCUCCAGGAGGGGUAGGCAACAGAGCGAGCAGGACUCCUUCAGCACAGAGUUCGCCAACUUCCGCCCCAGGAACGGGCUCAGUGGCCACCACAGCAGGCAGGCUCGGAGCGAUACGGCGAGUCGGUUGCAGAAUUACAACUACGAUUAUAAGUAUGACUACUAAUCGUAGGUACUGAUCAGGGUUGUACAUUGGUUGUACUUUACGGGCGGUUUACAUUAUUCCAGAUGUUUUGUUUUCCAGGCCACACUGCCAGUUAGUAGUAGCGAGCAUUAGUCGGUAGCUCGCAGCCGAAUUAUAAUAUAUGAAGUCGUGAAACAAAGUUCUCUCGCCUGGCUCGCUCGCUUCGCUAAAGGUGAGUAUAGACUACAACAUUUACUUGUAACAGAACAACGAGCCGCUCUCUGAUAUGUUCUAGUGUAUCAUCCUUUUACGAACUUUUUAUUAUGCUUUUGCCUGUAUUGUGCCAUUCGUAAGAACGUUACAUUACAAAGAAAUGCUCGACAAAAUGUUGUAGUCUAUACUCACAUUAACUGGAGGUGUCGCUUGACCUGAAUUAGGAAUACUGUGAACGGUUCAAUAAAUAUACUUUAUAAUGAUGUCUGUGAGAAAAAUUGGUGUUGUCUAAUCAAUGUUGAUUACUGUUGUUUAAUUAAUGGUUGUAUUACAUUGAGUAAACCUAAUAAAAUCUUUCUUUUGCAUAAACUUGUAGAAACAAAAAGUUGUUUAGUAUCUUCCGCCAAUGUUGUUUAAUAUAUUUUGCCUUCUAUCGAAACCGAGGAA